AUGGAGGCAGCUCCGACUCUGGUCGCGCAUCCCGCGUCCGACGCCGACAUGAUGGCAGAGGACGUCUCUGCCUUCCAAGCAAAUGCUGACACGAUGGAGUACGACGAAGACCCUCACGUCGGGGCAGCAUAUGAGGAUGAAGUCAUCGCCGACGUGGAGAUCGGGGACGCACAUGAUGAGACCAAUAGUACGGACAUGGGCGACGACGAGGUCGUUCAGCCUGAACCGGUAGCAGCAGCAGCAGCAACAACAGCAACAGAGCCACAGCAGGACUUGCAGUCCUCCCUGCCAAUGGCAACGACGAUGGCCUCAGCGCCGAUGACGGUGGCCGAAGUUCCCAUGGCAGGAGACGUGGCCGAGGGCUCCACGGGCGUACAAAGCGCACAAAUUAGUGCAUCUACGCCUGUGGCUGCUGAGCAAGGAUACGAAGCUGUAGAGGCGGAUGCGCCUCACGACCAAACGGAGUACGAGCAGCCAGCCGCACAUGACCAUCAAGGACUCGCAGCCGUCGCAGAAGAGGCGGGCGAGCCCGCUGUCCAUGUAGCAAGCGAGGAUGCUGGAACCAGCGCUAUCGGGUCAACAGCUAGUGGGGCCGUACAGCCGCUCACGAAAGGGUCAACCUCAGCAGUGCCGCAAGCUUCGAUCAAUGCUGAGCAAGCAGAGCCAAAGUCAGAGGCACGCGCUGAGGACGACGAGAAUAACGACGGCGGUGAAGGCUCAUCCGAGCAGGCGUCCACGUCAGGCAAUGAGCAGCAGCCCAACGACGAAGCCGAUGCCGCCUCAAGCAGCAAUCCAUCCAAGAACGAAGACAGCAACGCCAAUGACGCCGCCUCGCAUCCUACCAAGCAGCCUGCCGGCGACGACCCCAGCAAAGACCCCUCCCGUUCGUCCCAUCGCGCCUCUACGCCGCCUCCCGCCCAAACCAUCCGUCUGACAUUCAACGACCAAUCUUUCGCCCUCUUCGCCGCCUCCUCCGAGUCAUCCACCUACCUCGCAUACAAAGAGGGAGCGGAGGAAGACGAGAUCGAGUCCAUUCCUGCGCCUCCCCUCGCCGUGCCAAAGGAAAUCUUCCACCAACCACUCUCGACCCUCUUCCCAGCCUUGAGAGUCAAAGAAGCCCUCGGCGAAUUCCUCGAAGACGCUGAUGGGGCCAUAGCCUCACGAAUCGCAGCCCUCGUCCCUCACACCUCCACGCGAACGGGGGGAACUACGCUCGUUCUCCAAUUCCCUCAGCUCGGCCUCGCCCUGAGGGAGGACUCCGUCUACGUUAGCGAAGUCAGUCUCAGCGACCUGGUCGCUGUGCACGAGGGAAUGGCCUUCGAGGACAGUAUGCAUGUGGUGGUGAGCGAGGAUGAGUGCUUCUUGAAGGAGUACAGGCUGCUGCAAGCUCAGGCUGAGGUGGCCGGGCUGGGUGGCGGAGAUGAUGAGGUCAAUGGGCUGAGGCAAGGAGUCAUACCGCAGGACUUUUUCGAUGAGGUCAAGGCUGUCGAAGAAAAGUGGCAGAGUGAGCAUGGCAGGGAUGCGCAGCCGGGAAAUGAGGAGGCGCACGACGCGACGUCCGACGAUAAACAGGAAGGAGUGAGCGCCGAGGUCGAGCAGAAUCAAGGGCAAGAGCAAGGUGCCACAGACGCUGCAGAGCAAACUUUCGUCACUGCCGCCGGCGAUGACCACGAAGAAGAAGGAGACGAGCAGGAUGGAGCCGCAGGCGAUCAUGAUGACGCCGAUAACGCCUAUGCCGACGAUGCGGCCGCUGAAGGCCAAGACGCAGAGGCGACAAAGCAAGACGCCAAGACAGGCGCAGAGACUGAGGCAGAGGCUGUGGCAGAAGCAGAGGCAGAAGCAGAGGAGCCCAGCUACGAGCCUGUCGCUGACGAAGGUGUAGAAGGCAACGAGGACGAGGAAGACGCCACUGGAGAGCAGGAAGUGCUUGUCGAGUAUGAGGAAGAAGAGGGAGAAGAAGGCGAAGAAGGAGCCGCAGGCGAAGAAGCGGACGAAGAUCAAGGUCAAGUAGACGAUGCGUACGAACCAGAAGAUGGGGAGCAAGACUACACAGCGGAGGGUGACGACAACGGAGAAGAAGAAGAAGGCGAAGACUACGCUGAGGACGCCGAUGGAGAGGAAGAGCUCGAAGCCGGUUACGGCGAAGAUGGGGAAGACGCCGAGGCUCUCAAUGGCGAAGACAACAGUGCCCAGGGCGACGAGGCAGGGGCUAACGGUGAGCUCGAAGCAGCAGAAUCAGCGGCGACGAAAGAAGUCAAGCCGAUCAACACCGGCGCAGCUACUCUGGGCAAGCGCUCCUUUGAUGCAGAAGCUGAAGAUCAGACCGAAGACGAGGCGCAUGCGGACUCAGGUACGGAGAGCAAGAAGGCGAAGGCGUCCCACUAG